ACAUCUUCACCUUUCUAUAGUUUGCUGGACAUCAAAGUGCGAGCUUCAGAGUUGCUGAUAGAUUCAAUAUCUCUUUUAAUAUUCUUGAAUCAAUGUUACGGAUGGUCACACAGUUUUUAUACGAAAUGAGGAAUGAAGUUAUGUGAGGCAGACAAGCAAAGAACGCAAAGACACUAUUUCGAAAAUAACGAUUUUCCAGGAGUAAUUGCAUCUAUUGAUGAUUCACAUAUCGAUAAAUCUUCUGAAAAUUCAGUGGUCUACAUCAACAGAAAGCAUUAUUUCUCUAUACACAUGCAGGGGACAGUUAAUGAGAAGAAAAAGUUUUUAGAUGUGUUUGUUGGAUAUCCUGGCUCAGUGCAUAAUGCGAGGGUACUUCUAGUUUGGCUGAAGACUUGCCAGCACUUUGUCAAGAUGGAAGCAUAUUUCUUGGUGAAUACUCCUUAUCCAUGCCUGCCUUAAUUAAUUACUCCAUAUCGAGAUAACGGACAUUUAAUGCAGGCUCAAAGAAAUUUUAAUCGCACAGCCAGUGCAGAAUCUCCGUGGAGCAUGGAUUUGGAGAGCUGAAACAGUGCUUCAGACAAAUAUAUUUUCUCAAACUGAGAAAUAUGGAAUUUAUUGUUAAAUUCAUCCUGGUUUGCUGCAUCCUUCACAAUUUGACUUAUUGUUAGAUCUGAAAUACAUGGAAGAAUCCGAAGAACCUGAAGACAAAUAUAUUGAUAUAAAUGCACAAGCGUUGUUACACCAUCUGGUAGCAGAAAGAUCUGAAGAUCCAAUUGAUGAUCGAUGUGGUCGCGAUCUCAGAGACGAACUGUGUCGACAACUGUUUCAAAGGUAACUGAACAAGUAAAAGUAUAUUAAAAUAAUCUUGCGUUUUAAUUUGUAAU